UGGGAGGAUGCCACAACAGCCGAGACAAGGUCAAGGUAGGCCGUGGAAGGGGUGGCUCGUACUUCUUGCGCUGGUUCUGGUCGCAACCAACGCAUAUGCCGCAACCAACACGGCUCCUCCAGUUAGCACGUUGCCGUCGCGAAAACCUCAUACGACUGUAGUCACCACCACAGUGCCUCCAGCAACAAAAACCCAGCAGGUGACAACGACAUCAUCGCCCACGACGACGACAAGCACUACUCUAUCUACCCUUCCACUGACAAGACCUCCAACACCCACACCUAGUACUUCGUUGCUAGGCCCUCUUGCUUUGGGCAAUCUCGCGUUCUCGACAGUGAGUUCUACGCACGUUGGCCUGGGUAAAUUGGAAGAGCAGCUCCAUCUCAUGGAAGAGCUGGAGCUAUCUGUGGUAGCCGGCAUCAACAACAUGGACUCACUUUUGUCGAGUGGAAAUAAACCUGGAUCGCAGCUGAACACGCGGCUCAGGAGCAACUUGAUGGAAGUGCGCCAGAACCUGCACAAACUGGCAGCGAAUUUGAACAUGACGCUUAAUCAUUUGGACUCUGUCGAGAAAGACACGGAGGUGAAGGAAAAACAGUUGGAGGAAGUGUUGAAGAAACAAGCAGUCGAGGAGAACGCGCACCAGUUGGAAGCCCGCGGCGCCGACGCCGUGGAUUACGAGUCGGGUCGGCUCAAGAACACGUCGGAUAUGGUCAACUUGUCCGACGACCAGCGAAAGCACUUUGAAAAGGUCAAAAAUGAAGCCGAUCCCGCGGUACUGCACUACGACUUUGGACUGCUAGGGCAAAUAGCGCUGCUCUUUGGGGUGUCUGCUGUUGGAGGCAUCUUGACCACGUCCAUCCAUUUACCCCCCACGGUGGGCUACUUAGUCGGCGGCGCUGUUGUCGGACCGUCUGGUCUCGGCCUUGUCAACCAUUUCAAGGAAGUUGAAACGAUUUCUCUAUUCGGCACGAUCUUUUUGCUCUUUGCGCAUGGUGCCGAAUACUCUGUUCAUCGAUCGACCGACGAAGUAUUCAAGCUGUACUUGCUCAGUGGCAUGUUGUACGUGGCUUGCACGAUCGUGUCUGUGUCGUUUCUAGCCGUCACGCUGGGUUGGACGACCUCCCUGGCGGAAGGCAUCAUUGUCGGCGCCGGCGUGUGUUUCACUUCGACGGCGCCGUUGUCGGAGUACAUUCGGACGUACAACUUGCGUCAAUCCUCCUUUGGCAAGCUCGUGUCGGCGAUCAUCGCGGUGCAGGAUGUUCUCAUGAGCUUUGUGUUGGCGACGCCCGAAUGGUUUGCCGCGAAAUCAGGGUGGAUUUCCAUCACAGUGUGCAAGACCUUUGUCGUGUAUUCUGGCGUUGUGCUUUUUACGAUCGGCAUGCAUCGACAUGUUGUGCCUACAUUACUCGAGUUUCUCGUGGCGAUGGAGAAAUUGCACCACUCCCCUCUCGUUUUGCUCGGGAUCGUGUCAGUCUGCUUGUUUAUGUCGCUUUUCACUGAGUCGGUUGGGCUCUCGCUGGAGAGCGGGGCAUUUUUUGCAGGCCUGGCCUUCCAAGGCUCGAGCAAUUUAAAAGCCACGUUGUCGUCGAUCCGCGUGUUGGACAACUUGUUCGGCAGCAUGUUCUUUGCCUGCAUUGGGAUGAUUCUCAACCCGGCGUUUUUGCUUCGGAACUGCGGGGCCGUGUGUGCCAUGAUGUUGUGCGUGUGCGUCAUCAAGAUUAUGUUGGUAUCGUCCAUCAUGUCCUUCUUUCGCAUUCCGAUUCAAAAGUCGAUCAAGGCCGCGAUGAGUUUGUGCCAGGUUGGGGAAGUCGCGCUUAUUUUCAUGAUCAAAGCGCAGUCGACGCAGCUCGUAUCGCGAUCGCUGUACUUACAGUUCCUCGCCGCCACGUCCGUCUUCCUUGGGCUCUCCCCUUUCCUCCAUCGGAACCUGAACGAGCAAAACACGUUCCAUUUUGCUUCCGUUGUCAAGAAAAAAUUCGAGUUCGAGAGUGAGGACGAUGGCAUGAAUCCCAUUGGAAACUCAGCCUCCCACGCGCUACCAUCACACAAACGGCAUAAUGUAGAGCAUUGAACACGCACGUUGGAGUACGCCCCUUUGUUUUGUGUUCUCAUUCAGCAUCGCUUCCGUCGCCAUGACCUG